CCAUUCCUUUACGUGCUGCCGUCCGCCACCGAUACUAGAUUCAUGAUUGACUGAUGUGACAUCAUAGAACUCGAGACGGAAAACAAGAAGCUCAAGCAGCUAAUCAGACAGCACCGCACCAGUGCUCUGGAUUGGUGUUCCCUUGCCAAGAGCUAUCAGCAGGACCGCAACUUUAUGGCACUUAGACUUGCUGAACUAGAACUGCAGAUCGCUAAGAGAGCUCAACAGCAUGUUAACGAUUCGCAGGCGACUGCCGAGACGUCCAAGGGUCGCGCAACAGCCGCCAGGCAUCAUGACGAGGGCUCUGAACUGAACAACUUUGUCAGUCAGUCUAUAUCGCAGAUUCUGGAUCAAAUGGCGCCUUCAAAGACCGCACGAGAACCAAGCCUACCACAAUUGGGCAAAGGGAAAUACGUGCUUGGAAACAACAGCAACAACAAUAUCAAGGGAGAGGCUGCGCCUUUGCUGCGCUCAGCACUCAAGACCUCAUCCAAGUCAUCUGCCUGCGCAUGUGGGUGCCAGGAGGAGCUCAAGUCCUGGAAAUCACGCUGCGCCUUUGCUGAAAACCAAGUCACACUAAUGGAGAUGCGGUGCGAGCGAACAAUCAUUAUGAUGGACGCAUAUAAGGCGAAAUGGGUCGAGUGGAAGGAAGCGGUCGUACGUGAGCAAUACCAGCGCCGCCUGAAGGCAGCCAUGUCCCCGCAGGCAGCUCAAUUUAUGUCUCUGAACUCGCAGGGCGAUCAGCCACGACAGCAACAGCAACAGCAACAGCAACAACAACAACAACAACAGCAGCAGCAGCAGCAGCAGCAGCGGCAACGGCAGGGGCAGAGAUCAAGACAGGAUCCUCAUACAGAUCGUAAUGACAUCAAACGAACACGAUUUAACACUGAGGAGAGGGAGACGUCGCAACAAAGGCAGAAAACGACUGAAAGAAACACGCUUCUCAACCAAUUCAGCGCUGUGCAUCGUGAGCAACACUCUCGCCGCAGGGGUUCCGCUUCAGAAAAUCGUUUUCAUGUUGUUACGGGUUCUGCUGAGUCGCCACAUAUGAUAUUUGACGAUUUGGACGACGAUUUGAGUGCGAGCGAGGCCUUCGAUCUGAGAGGACAUCCGCCGAAAGCGCUUGUCCUGGAUUCAGAAGAAAACGACGCGUCCACUGAUGUCGGCUCUCAACCAAUGUCACUCACAUUCCCUUCAGAUUUGGCUCUCCGUCGACGUGGUCAAUGGUACUCAGAGUCCGAAGACGAUGAUAAGAGCUAUAGCGACAAUGACAAUGAUAACGAUAUCCACAAAGGCAAUCACGGACGCUUUGGGCCACGUAAGACUUUCACAAGUGUGUCGCCCACAACUCGGGCAUCAGAGGCCCGAAGAAAGCGAAUACCGGCCGUCAGCAGCAAUAGACCGACGCCUCAGCAGCAAAAGCAAAAGGCCUCGAAUACCACUACCGACGACGCAUCUGCGAUGCUCAACAUACAAUCCAAUCAAUCCUCCCCUCUGUCCGAUUCCGAGGAUCUCAUGGCAGUAUCUCUGCACCCAUCCGAGAACAAAUCGACCAAGGACAACCAGCAGGCGAAAUAUGAUGUUUCUGAGACGUCUCGAUCUACUUCCAGGGCUACCCAGCAUACAGCAACCGACUUUACAAAUGGCCCAGCCAAAAUUGGAACGCAUUCGAGUGGCGAACUCCAGGCAGCGCUCCCACAAACCCCAAAGGCCUCAUCUAGGACUGCUGAAGAGGCUCUGUCCGCCGGUCAUGUUCCUUAUAACAGUCGUAAAGUGUUUGUACCGGAGACCCCAUUGGAGCUGCAGGGUAGCACUCCCAAAAAAAGCGCGGCAUCAUCUGUGAGACGUUCACUAUCUGUUGUGUCACCGCCCCGUGGCGCUGCACAGGAAACAUCAGACCAAGGCAGCCGACCGCCUCAGCCAGUUAUGCAGGCUCUCACGGUUGAUCCGGACGACUCGACAUAUUCGUGUGCUUUGAGCGGGGUUGACGAACCCAACAAAGAAAACGAGGCACCGCAGGAGUCGAUAACCCAGGCGCAUACUGUCGUAGGUGACGGUAACGCGGGCGAAAAUUCGCACAAGCAGGGAGGUGUCGACCCGGACCACCGGCAUGAGCAGGGUCAUCAGCAGCAGCAACAAAGGAUAUAUAACUUCACUGAACGACGCAAAGACAAGAGGAAGCAUAUGCACGGCCACGAUUGUGCCUGCUGUCGCCGAUUUUAUGAGCUGACAGGGCCAUUGCCACUUCCAGAUGGUCAUAACGCAUUCUUCACUCCUGCACCCCGUCCCGGCGAAAAAGAGGUCUGGGAGAAAUCUGCUGAGGAGAGGCUGCAAGGUCGUAUACAGGAGAUUUCAAGACAUCGAGUUCAUCACGAGGAGCGCCUGACUCCUCCAGGAUUCUGGGACACAGAUUUCCCAUCGACACAAGAUCGAGAAGAGUGGGACCGGAUCGCUGCUGAGAGACGAGAUAGGAAGAAACAGAGGGCCACGCACGAGCAACAACGGCAGCAACGACAGAGGAGGUAGAAGUACCGGCAACUUUAAUGGAGUGGAGCGGGAAUAUUUUCGGAAACAUUAUUAGGAAGCAAAUGGAACUUAAACAAUAUCACCCUAGUCUCUGCCCUCAAUAAAUAUUAUGUCCAUAUUUUAUGACUUGAGCACAUAAACCAUAU